AUGGCGACCCUGGUGGCGCUCGCGGCCCUGAGCCUGCUCGUGCUGCUGCCGCUGUACGCCGUCUACAAGCCGCCGGCCCCGCUGCUCCGCCACCUGGCCCGCCACUGGCCCGACGUGCUCUGGCAGGUCGACCCGGACCGCCUACCGCGGGACCACCACCACCCCGAGGACGGCCGCUCCUCCUCCUCGGGCCCGGCAAAGGUGGUGGCCCUGACCAUCGACGACGCGCCCUCGGACCAGACGGCCCGCAUACUCGACCUGCUGCGCGCGCACGGCGCCCGCGCCACCUUCUUCGUCAUCGGCGGCCAGGUCGAGGGCCGCGAGGAGCUGCUGCGCCGCAUCGUGCGCGAGGGCCACGAGCUCGGCAACCACGCCAUGCACGACGAGGCCUCGCGCAGCCUGCGGCCCGACGAGCUCGAGGACCAGAUCCUGCGCGUCCAGGGCAUGAUCCGCGCCGCGUACGCCGACGCCGGAGUCAGAAAAAGCAGGAAACCUCCAGGCUCGAGCCCCGGCCUCGGCCCCGGCCCCUACGCCCCGCGCUACAACUACUUCCGGCCCGGGUCCGGCUUCUUCACGGACCGGAUGCGCGGCCUUGUCUCGCGGCUGGGCUACCGGCUGGUGCUGGGCAGCAUCUACCCGCACGACGCGCAGAUCAGCCACUGGCGCCUCAACGCGCGCCACAUCCUCAGCAUGCUGCGCCCGGGCCGCAUCAUCAUCUGCCACGACCGCCGCAGCUGGACAGUGCCCAUGCUCGAGAGGGUCCUGCCCGAGGCCAGGCGGAGGGGCUACCAGCUCGUCAACGUCAGCGAGCUCAUCACCAUGGCCGACACCGACACGUAG